AUGAAGGUUGAAACCGACCGUCUUCUCGCUGCCGUUCUCGCGGCAAGCCCUACACUCAAGGCAAGUCCACGUUAUUUUCCAGGCGCGUCCGAUGAACCUCACACAUCGUGCAAGCUAACAGAGACUCGCAAGCUCGACUACAACAGCAUCGCCGCCAUGUACGGCCAGGGCGCCAAGUACAACACCGUCGAGCACAAGUUCCGUGGAUUUCGCAAGUUGGCCGAGCAGCUGCGCGCCGAGGCCAAGGACAGCGGCGAAACGGCCAACUUCUCGCCUGCAGGCCCUCGCGCUCCUCGCACUCCCCGUGGUGCCUCCGCCAAGUCUACUCCCUCCACCAAGGGCAAGAAGCGCGCCAAGGGCGGUGAUCUCCCCGCUGAUGAUGUCCCGCUCAAGUCUCCCGUUCUUAUCGUCGACGAUGAAACCGAUGUCUCCCCAAUCAAGCCCGAGAUUAAGGAGGAGAACGAUUGGAUUCGUAAUGCAAUCGGUAUCAGGAUUCACACUGCUGAGCUGCCUGCCGAUGAGCCCGCUCGCAAGCGUCAGAAGUCGGUCAUCACCGCGACUGAUCUGCCCGUCGAGCUGCCCACAAUCGAGUCAGCCGCUGUGUCUCGCCGCGACAGCCGCUCGAAUGGAUAUGUGCCUCCGAAGAUUGAGGUAAACGUCGAGUCGCAGGAGAUUGUUGACGCCACCGCCAUGGCCACUGCAAGCAAGCUCGACAAGGCCAUGACUGAGGCCGCGAUUGCCGAGGCUAUUCUUCUCGAUGAGGCUUGA